GCUCGGCAAUGGCGGAGAGCAGAGAGACUGGGGAGGGAGACUACGCCAAGGAUGGCUCCGUGGACCUCAAGGGGAGCCCUGUGCUUAGAUCCAAGAGAGGCGGAUGGACUGCUUGCUCCUUCGUUGUUGUGUACGAGGUGUUUGAGAGGAUGGCGUACUAUGGAAUCUCAUCCAACUUGGUGCUGUAUUUGACCAACAAGCUCCAUCAGGGCACCGUUGAUGCAGCAAACAACGUCACCAACUGGGUGGGCACUGUGUUCUUGACACCAGUCUUAGGGGCGUACGUCGCCGAUGCUCUUCUCGGCCGAUACUGGACCUUCCUCUUCUCUUCUGCCAUCUAUCUCUCGGGGAUGUGUUUGCUGACGCUAGCAGUCUCCAUCUCUCCGCUGAAACCAGAAUCCUGCAAGGGAAACUGCGAGCCAGCUUCAACACUGAAGUUGGCUGCCUUCUUUGGGGGACUGUACAUAAUAGCACUGGGAAACGGUGGAACAAAGCCCAACAUCUCGACCAUCGGAGCAGACCAGUUCGAUGAGUUCGAUCCCAAGGAGAAGAUGCACAAGCUCUCCUUCUUCAACUGGUGGAUGUUCAGCAUCUUCGUGGGGACCCUCUUCGCCCACACGUUCUUGGUCUACAUACAGGACAACGUGGGAUGGAGUUUAGGUUAUGGAAUUCCAACCCUUGGUCUGCUGAUCUCGGUGUUGAUCUUUUUGGCUGGCACACCAUAUUACAGGCACAAACUGCCCCAAGGAAGUCCAUUUACCAGGAUGGCAAGGGUUAUAGUGGCCGCGACAAGGAAGUGGAAGCUUCCCAUACCUAAUGACCCAAAGGAGCUUCAUGAGCUUGAUCUGGAGGUGUAUUCUAAGAAAGGAAAGUUCAGGAUCGACUCCACCGAUUGCUUAAGGUUCCUUAACAAAGCUGCAGUAAAAUGCAGCCCAACCACGCCAUGGACACUGUGCCCGGUCACACAGGUGGAAGAGACGAAGCGAAUUCUACGACUGCUGCCGAUUCUGGCCGCCAUGUUCAUUCCCUGCACCCUGAUCGCUCAGAUCAACACUCUCUUCGUCAAACAAGGCACUACUUUGGAUCUUCACAUUGGGCCGCACUUCCAAAUCCCCCCAGCUAGCCUGGGAGCAUUCGUCACUGUUUCCAUGCUCGUAACGGUCGGCCUUUACGACUGCUACUUCGUAAAGGUCAUGAGAGUUUGGACAAAGAACCCAAGGGGGAUCACCUUGCUCCAGAGAAUGGGAGUGGGACUGGCACUUCAGAUCGUCUCCAUGUCGGUCGCGUCGCUUACCGAAGUAAGAAGGCUAAGCAUUGCAAGAAACCAUGGAGUAGACAAGACGGGAGGCCAUAUUCCUGUCACCAUCUUCAUAUUGCUUCCUCAGUUCGUGCUGAUGGGAAUAGCAGAUGCAUUUUUGGUCGUUGGGAAGAUAGAGUUCUUCUAUGACCAAGCUCCGGAGAGCAUGAAAAGCUUGGGGACUGCCUUCUCCUUGACAGCUUAUGGGAUUGGUAAUUUCUUCAGCAGCUUUCUCCUAAAACUGGUGGCUGACAUAACGAGCAAGAAUGGCAAGGGAUGGAUACUGAACAACCUGAAUGCCUCACGUCUAGACUACUACUAUGCACUCCUCACUGUUCUUGGUGUCUUCAACUUCAUCUUCUUUUCAUAUGUGGCCCACAUUUACUCCUACAACCGGGAGUUAUGCGAAUCUAUGGAUGCGAGAAGGGAAGAACAAGGGGUGAAGUGUGAUCAGAAAGAGACAAAUGGCCAAGUUCAAUGCUUAUGAUGCAUUGGUGGAGUAGUGAGAAGGCCAGAUUAGUCUCACAGAUGCUGUGAUAUCGGUUGAUAUGCAUAUCGGAGAAUGCUUUUAGUUG